UUAUUUAUAUGUCAGUAUGGUCAAAUACACUGUGUGGUCAGAGAAUUGGUUACAGUUAAAUUUGGACAAGAAACGUGGGAGACAAUCUUGGCAGAGUCUGGACUGAAUGAAGAUGAUCAUUUUCUGGUUUUUAACCAAUAUACAGAUGAUGACACCUUCCAACUUGUCGGUGCUGUUGCCAAAUGUCUUGACUUGCCCCUAACGACAGUUUUAGAAGUAUUUGGUGAUUAUUUUUUAACCUAUUGUUUAAGACACGGCUAUGAUAAAAUGUUACGAACUUUGGGAAGCGACAUGUGGAACUUUAUUCAGAAUCUGGAUUCACUUCAUUCUUUACUAGCAUUAAGUUAUAAGAAUAUAACACCACCAUCUUUCAGAUGUGAAACUGGCCCGAAUAAGGAAUUGCUAUUGCAUUAUUAUACUGUCAGACCCGGCUUAUAUCCCAUCGUCAUUGGGUUAGUACAAGCUGUAGGAAGAGAUAUAUUUAAACAAACUGCAGAGAUAACGGUACUAGAACAAUCUACAGAAGAAAUUGGUGGUAAAAAACAAGAACAUACAGUGUUUCAGGUAUUUUACAUUUCCUCCCACUUUAACAGCCAUAGCUUUGAUGGAUGUAAGACUGACGAAGACAUUACCAUCGAAAGAUUGUCACCAAUUGGUGCCGAAACGGUAACGGCUUGUCCUGUAGAUCCAAUUCAAAUGUGUCCUUUCAAGAGCUCAACACCAGCAAACUUUCAGCUCAGCUCGGAACAGUUCUGUUCAGCUUUUCCUUAUCACAUUAUCUUUGAUGCUGAAUUGAACGUAAAGCAGUGUGGUUUUAAAAUUAAAGCUUUAUCGUCUGUUUUUAGUCAACCUGUACUCAAAAUGAAGCAGGCGUUUCAGAUAAUCCACCCCAACAUGAGUUUAUCUAUUUUAAAUAUUAAGAAGUUUAUCAACUCAGUGUUCUUUAUCUCGGUUUUAAAAACAAAGGAAAAAAAGAACAUGACACUUAAAGGACAGAUGAUUUGGCUCGAAGAUUCACAGCACAUGAUAUUUAUUGGUUCACCUCGAAUUACCAGUCUCAAUGAAUUAUUGGAAAUGAAUGUAUAUUUAUCAGAUAUCCCACUGUAUGACGUCACCAGAGAACUAGUUUUAUUAAACCAGCAACGAAUAGCCGAAAUCGAUAUUGCCAAAAAACUGGACGAAACCACGACCGAAUUAAAGAAAACUUCCAAAGCUUUAGAAAGCGAGAAGAAGAAAACCGAUAUGUUAUUGUACCAAAUGUUGCCUCAAAAAGUGGCAAAUCAAUUGAAAAAUGGCCAACAAGUGGAGGCAGAGAAAUUUGAUCAAGUUACCAUUUUAUUCAGUGAUAUUGUCACAUUUACUACAAUAUCUGCUGCAUGUAGCCCUCUAGAUAUUGUUAAUAUGUUAAAUAAUCUAUACGAACGAUUUGAUAACCUAACCAAUCAACAUGGAGUAUAUAAGGUGGAGACUAUUGGAGAUGCCUAUAUGGUAGUAUGUGGUGUACCAGAAUCAACAAAAAAUCAUGCACCUCCUGUAGCCAGAUUCGCAUUGGAUAUGAUUCAGGAUGCAGCGCAAGUAAAAUCGCCGAAGACAGGGAAACCGAUUCAGAUUCGGGUAGGUGUACACACUGGUCCAGUUGUUGCCGGCGUAGUUGGGGUAAAGAUGCCGAGGUAUUGUUUAUUUGGUGAUACAGUAAAUACGGCAUCAAGAAUGGAGAGUCAUGGUUUACCUGGUAGAAUACACAUUAGUCCAACAACAUAUCAUGAUCUUAAAAGACAUGAGUUUCUAAUCAAAAGAAGAGAGGAAAUGCAUAUCAAAGGAAAGGGGAAAAUGUCAACAUAUUUCUUAGUUGGCGAAAAACAUCCAAUGAAAGAACCUAUGGAUGCUUACACCCAGUUUGCAAUUACCAAAACCAACGUGCCUAUUAGUGGGGCUCGAAUAAUAUAUGGACACAUGGACCCUGGAAAAAUGGCGAGCAAAACUUGCAGUGUUAUGUAA